CCUCUCUGUGGAGGGCUAGAAACUGCCUGGUAAAUCCAAGACCCGGCUUCUGGCUCUGUUGAGUAAGAAGGAAUUCUGGGCCCCAUGAGAUGGUUGAGGCCCACACAUACAUCUGAUCCCUCUCUCCUUUGCGGCAGACUGUCCAGUACAAGAGAUGGACAUCGCUUUCCUGAUUGACGGCUCCGGCAGCAUCGAGAAAAGUGAUUUUAGCCAGAUGAAGGCCUUUGUCAAAGCUUUGAUGGGCCAGUUUGCAAGCACCAACUCCUUGUUCUCCCUGAUGCAGUAUUCAAACAUCCUGAAGACCCAUUUCACCUUCACCAAAUUCCGGAGCAGCUUGAACCCCCAGAGCCUGGUGGAUUCCAUCGUCCAGCUGCAGGGCCUGACGUACACAGCCACAGGCAUCCGGGAAGUGGUGGAAGAGCUGUUUCAUAGCAAGAAUGGGGCUCGCAAAAAUGCCAAGAAGAUCCUAAUUGUCAUCACAGAUGGGCAGAAAUAUAGAGACCCCCUGACGUACAGUGAUGUCAUCCCCCAGGCAGAGAAAGCUAACAUCACUCGCUAUGCUAUUGGGGUGGGAGAUGCCUUCCAGGAACCCAGUGCACUGCAGGAGCUGAACACCAUUGGCUCAGCUCCCCCACAGGACCACGUUUUCAAGGUGGACAACUUUGUAGCGCUUGGUAGCAUCCAGAAACAGCUUCAGGAGAAAAUCUUUGCCAUCGAGGGAACUCAAUCAGGGACAAGUACUUCCUUUCAGCACGAGAUGUCGCAAGAAGGUUUCAGUUCGGCUCUCACAAUGGAUGGACCAGUUCUGGGAGCUGUGGGAAGCUUCGGCUGGUCUGGAGGUGCCUUCUUAUACCCCCCAAAUACGAGACCCACCUUCAUCAACAUGUCUCAGGAGAAUGUGGACAUGAGGGAUGCUUACCUGGGUUACUCCACCGCACUGGCCUUUUGGAAGGGGGUCUACAGCCUGGUCCUGGGGGCCCCUCGACACCAGCACACAGGGAAGGUUGUCAUCUUUACCCAGGAAUCCAGGCAAUGGAAGCCCAAGUUUGAAGUCAGUGGAACUCAGAUCGGCUCGUACUUUGGGGCCUCCCUCUGCUCUGUGGACAUGGAUGGAGAUGGCAGCACUGACCUGGUCCUGGUCGGGGCCCCCCAUUACUAUGAGCAGACCCGAGGGGGGCAGGUGUCUGUGUGCCCCAUGCCCAGUGGGAGAAUCAGGUGGCAGUGUGAGGCCACUCUGCACGGGGAGCAGGGCCAUCCUUGGGGCCGCUUUGGGGUGGCCCUGACAGUGCUAGGUGACGUGAAUGGGGACAGUGUGACAGAUGUGGCUAUUGGUGCACCUGGAGAGGAAGAGAACAGGGGUGCUGUGUAUGUAUUUCAUGGAGCCUCAAAACUGGACAUCAGCCCCUCGCCCAGCCAGCGGAUCACUGGCUCCCAGCUCUGCCUGAGGCUCCAAUAUUUUGGGCAGUCACUAAGUGGGGGUCAGGACCUUACCCAGGACGGCCUGGUGGACCUGGCUGUGGGAGCCCAGGGACACGUGCUGUUGCUUAGGAGCCUGCCUUUGCUGAAAGUGGGGAUUGCCAUAAGAUUUGUCCCUGUGAAGGUGGCAAAGGCUGUGUACCAAUGCUGGAAAAGGAAUCCCACUGCCCUUGAAGCUGGGGAGGCCACCGUCUGUCUCACUAUCCACAAAGGCUCCCAUGACCAGUUAGGUGAUAUCCAAAGCUCUGUGAGGUAUGAUUUGGUCUUGGAUCCAGGCCGUCAGAUUUCUCGUGCUGUUUUUGAUGAGACCAAGAGCUGGACUUUGUCUCGAAGAAAGACUCUGGGGCUUGGUGAUCACUGUGAAAUGAUGAAGCUGCUUUUGCCAGACUGUGUGGAGGACGUGGUAAGCCCUAUCAUCCUGCGUCUCAACUUCUCCCUGGUGGCCGACUCUUCCAGGAAUCUUCGUCCUGUGCUGGCUGCAGGCUCACAAGACCACAUGACGGCUUCUCUCCCAUUUGAGAAGAACUGUAAGCAAGAACUCCUGUGUGAAGGGGACCUGGGCAUCAGCUUUAACUUCUCAGGCCUGCAGAUCUUGGUGGUGGGAAGCUCCCUGGAGCUCACCGUGACAGUAACUGUGUGGAACGAGGGUGAGGACAGCUACGGAACUUUAGUCAAAUUCUACUACCCAGCAGGGCUGUCUUAUCGACGGGUAAUGGAAAUACAGCAACCUCACCAAUACCCACUACGCGUGGCAUGUGAGGCUGAGCUCACUGACAAGGAGAGCCUGAGGAGCAGCAGCUGCAGCAUCAAUCACCCCAUCUUCCGAGAAGGUGCGAAGAGCACCUUCAUAAUCACAUUUGAUGUCUCCUACAAGGCCUUCUUGGGAGACAGGUUGCUUAUGAGGGCCAACGCAAGCAGUGAGAACAAUAAGCCUGGAACCAACAAGACUGCCUUCCAGCUGGAGCUCCCAGUGAAGCACACAGUGUACACAGUGAUCCACAGGCAGGAGGAUUCCACCAAGCAUUUCAACUUUUCAGCUUCCGAUGGGGAAAGAAGGAAAGAGGCCGAGCAUCGCUAUCGUGUGAAUAACUUGAGUCCGUGGAAACUGGCCAUCAGCGUGAACUUCUGGGUUCCCGUCCUACUGAAUGGUGUGACGGUGUGGGAGGUGGCUGUGCAGACCUCGGCACAGAGUGUCUCCUGUACGUCCCAGAGGGAUCCUCCUCAGCAAUCUGACUUUCUGGCCCAGAUUCAAAGGCGUCCUGUGCUGGACUGCUCCAUUGCUGACUGUCUGCACUUCCGCUGUGACGUCCCCUCGUUGGGCAUCCAGGACGAGCUUGACUUCAUCCUGAAGGGCAACCUGAGCUUCAGCUGGGUCAGUCAGACACUGCAGAAAAAGGUGGUGGUCAUGAGUGUGGCUGAGAUCACAUUCAACACCUCUGUGUAUUCCCAGCUGCCGGGACAGGAGGCAUUUCUGAGAGCUCAGGUAGAGACAGUGCUACAAGAGUAUGAAGUCUACGAGCCCAUCCCCCUCAUAGUGGGCAGCUCGGUGGGAGGUCUGUUGGUGCUGGCUCUCAUCACAGCUGCUCUGUACAAGCUUGGCUUCUUCAAACGUCGGUACAAAGAAAUGUUGGAUGACAAGCCUGCGGCUCCUGCCACAGCCGCUGAGGCCCAUUUCAGCGGUGAGACUCCAUGCCUGCUUCAGUCCUAGGAAUCUGCUCUCCUGUGUAUCUCCACCAGGAGGAGUUGGCCUUGUUUCUGCCUAUGAAUUGACUGGCAUGGGAACAAGCUCUCUCCAGCUCAGGACGAGCCUGGACAACUUCCCAGGUUCCAUGCCUUACUUCCUGAGCUGGAAGAUUUUAUGCUUUUGCCCAUGUAAGACUCCAGUGCUGAUCUGGGAGUAAGAGCAGGCAUGGGGUCAGCAAACAUUUUCAAUUGGAUAAGAAUGACCUUGCAACACAGAGUGAGGAGAAUACGCUCAACAUAAAAAUGUAUUGCUUGACUGAAAUGUUUUUUAAAUAAAAAAUUAAAUAAAAUGAAAA